CCUCCCCCGCUCCCUGGCGCAGGUGCUAGCUGGCGAUGUAAUCAAGCAUGCGAUCCCGCUGACCGAUCGCAUGCUGACACCUGACAGACAGCUGGAGCUCUUCACCGUCUCCAGGGAGCGGGCUUGGGCGGUGGUGAAGCAGCGGUGGAUCAAGCACCUCAAGACAGAGCUCACCACCCACCUCAAAUGGCGCUAUGAAGCGGAGCAGGUGUCGGACCUGGACAUUCACCUCACCGUGCACUCCGUGUCCGCCAAG